UGAAACUCACUCUGAGAGCUCUAAGUGAAGAACAUAAGAGCCAUGAGAACCCCCGAUGAUUUGAAGCUCCUUGGAGCAUGGUAUAGCCCUUUUGUUCGCAGGGUCGAAUGGGCUCUCAAACUGAAAGGAGUGGAAUACGAACACCUCGAACAAGAUCUUCGAAACAAGAGUGAAUUGCUUCUGCAACAUAACCCUGUUUAUAAGAGAGUUCCAGUGCUUGUUCAUGGUGGGAAAUCCAUAGCUGAAUCAAUUGUUAUUCUCCAAUACAUUGAUGAGACAUGGAAACAGAAUCCAUUACUGCCCAAAGAUCCUUAUGAAAGAGCCAUGGUACUUUUCUGGGCAAAAUUUGCAGAAGAGAAGUUCACAGAAGUCGCAAGGAAAGCUUUAUUAUCAUCAGGAGAGCAGCAAGAAGAGGCAGCGAAGCAAGCAACAGAGGCUCUAGGAAUCCUUGACACAGAGCUCAAGAACAAGAAGUUCUUUAAAGGAGAGAAGAUUGGGUUUCUGGAUAUUGUUCUAGGCUGGAUUACUAUUUGGUUGGAAGUGGUAGAGGAAGUCGCAUCUAUCAAAAUAUAUGACUCUCACAAAUUCACUUUCCUUAAUGACUGGAAGAGCAGCUUCUUAGAACUACCCAUCAUCAAAGAAAACCAACCACCCAAGGAGGAUUUGUUAGUCUAUUUCCACAAUAUUCGCCAAUUUGUUCUGGCCUCUUCUACCACUAAUUAGGGGAAAAUUGAGCUCUCUCUCU